CAAAAAGAACAAGAAAUGCAGAUAGGGUUUCCUACAGAUGUAAAGCAUGUGGCACACAUUGGUGGGGAUGGACCUUCGGUAAAUUCCCCAGGCUGGAUGAACGAGUUUAAACCACCACCAUCAUCACCAGGAUUUUCAUCAACACCUUUGAAUCGAGGAGGAGGAGGAGAGAUUAAGGAAGAAACACCAGUCAAAUUGGUCUAUGAAGGACGUGUUGUGUGUCAUGUGUUAGAUACAAGCCGGAGAAGUGCACGUGCUACUCCAAACUCUCCAGCACGUGACAUACCCGAUUUGCCUAAAUCAUCAAGACGUCGCUCCUCCACGGAGACUGCAUCCGCCGCCGCUUCUGGCGUCGAUUCCCCAACGAAAGCAAAGGCCGAUAAAGCACGGCAAUCAAGGCGAUCUUCGAAGAAUUCUGCAAAGGACUUACUGGACCCCACAAAAUCGGGUCAAGGAAUCGAUUCGCCAUCCAGAACCUUACCAGACGUGCCCAAGAAAACGCGGAGGAAGAAUUCAAAAGAGUCCUCCGACAAUGGCAGAACAAACCGUUCGUCGAGAUCAAAAGCCCAAGCUGCGGAAUUGGAUAAUGGAUCAGAGUCAGAUCCUGUUGGGAAGACAAACAGUAACAGUGAGCAUUGUCACGCUUCGGCUUUGAGUGCCCUUGAAGAAGUGGAGCAAGGAUUUACGGGGAUUUCUUGAGAGGAAAGUUUGUUGCGUCUUUUUUUCAGCUAGAAUUAUCAUUAUUUCCUCAAUUAGUUCUAACUCUGAAUUUUUAUUUUUUUAAUUCAUUAAUACUGUAUAUUAUUAACUAUGAGUUCUGUUAAUUGGAAAAAAAAAUGUACA